GUGGGGCAGUCCCGCUUUCUAUCUCUCCCCCAUGCACAACCAAUGCUCGUCGGCUCGCUCUCACUUCCUUGCUCAAUUACUCUCUCAUUUCACACUGUCUUCUGUCAUCUCUCCCUUAGAGCUAUCUCACUCCUUCUCCAAACACUCUAAACCUCCUCUGCAAACCAACCAUUUACGGAAAUGGCCUCCCAAAAGAAAAUGGGCUAUAAGUGUCGCAUAGCAGGAGUGAUGCUUCUUCUGCUUGGAAGUAUUGCUGCUCUUGUUGUUGUUGCUGUCAUCCAAGACAAGUUAAAGGUUGAGGAGUAUGGAUCAGAGUAUGGCAUAGUAAUCGACUCUGGUUCCUCACGUUCCAAUGUGUACCUGUACGAAUGGCCUGGGGAGAAGGAGAAUGAGACUGGGGUAGUGAAAGAAAAAAUGAACUGUGCAGUUAAAGGGGUCCCUAUUUCAGAGCUGAAAGGCAAUUCCAAGGAUGAUGAAACAACAUUAAAAGCAUUUCAAGACUGCAUGGAUCAAAUAAAAAAACAUAUUCCUGAAGAGAAACACAAAACCACUCCCCUCUUUCUGGGGGCCACAGCUGGGAUGCGUCUGUUACAUGCAAAAGAUAAGAAAAGGUCAGAUGAAAUUAUGACAAGUCUAAGAGAGUACCUGAGUGGACUAAACUUCGAGUUCCACAAUGCUUCCAUUAUUACUGGACAGGAGGAGGGUCUGUAUGGGUGGAUCACAGUGAACUAUUUGAAGGGAAAUUUCCUAGAGAAAAACAUGUGGAACACUUAUGUUCGUCCAAAUGGAGCAGAGACAUUUGGGUCUAUGGAUCUUGGUGGAGCAUCAACACAGAUUGCCUUUCAAGUUCAGGAAAAGGGACAGGGGCCUGAUUACAUGCUUGUUAAACUGUAUGGUUACCCUUACACCAUCUACACACACAGCUUCCUUUGCUACGGAAAAAAUGAGGCUGAUAAGAGAGUUCUCGACAAAAUAAUCAAGGAAUCAUCUGACCCAGCCUACAUAAUAAACCCCUGCUACCCCGACGGUUUCAACUAUACAAUGAGUGCUUCAGCUAUUUAUGAUACAGAGUGCACAAUGAAACCCAAAAACUACAAACCUGAUCUACAGUUCUUCAUGGUUGGAAAGUCUGAUUCCAAGAAAUGUGGGGAAAUAGUCAAGUCCAUAUUUGAUUUUAAAAACUGCUCCUCAAAAAUGUGCUCCUUCAAUGGGGUAGAGCAGCCGCCGGUGACUGGAGAGUUCAUGGCGUAUGCUGGAUUCUUUUACAUUGCUCGAGCCCUUGGGAUGAAUGGGACAUCAAAGCUUGAAGAGUUCAAUAUUUCAGUUGGGAACUUCUGCCAGACUUAUUGGACAGAGCUAAAAACGAAACAUCCUAAAAUUAAUGAGAAAUUCCUCAAGACGUAUUGUUUUGCCAGUCACUAUGUCCUUACUCUCCUGGCAGACGGUUAUAAGUUUGAUGAAGAGACUUGGAAAAACAUUCAUUUUGAAAAAACGGUAAAGGAAACAAAUAUAGGCUGGAGUCUGGGCUACAUGCUGAGUAUGUCCAACAUGAUCCCAUCUGAAGUGAAAGUAAUCACCCCAAUGACAAACCCAGUCUUUGCUGGCCUCAUAUUUUUAUUUUCCGCUCUAAUAAUUAUAACAGUAGUCUUAGGGUUUAUCAUCCUCAUUCGUACUUGCUACUGAUUAAGUGUCAAAGACAACUGUGAAUAGCCUCUGGAGAUAUUUGGUACAUUGCUGGAAUGUGCUGCAGUAGCAUGUGCUGAGGCAUGUGUGUGGAAGUUAAUAAACAAAGCAAACAUGUUUUAUAAUCUCAUGGCUCUGAAGCAAGAUUCACAUGUAGAGUUUUUGCACUUGGCUUUAAGGUUAAACAAUAUAUUUUCCAACUUUAAACUAAACUAAUAAGGAUAAAAUAAACUAUCCCCAAUACUAAUGAGCAACCUUAUUUCAAAUGUCUGAUACAUAUUAUUGAUAAAUCUUGUUAUCUUGUAAUAUGCAGUUCAGACGUCGGAUAGAGCAGCCUUUACAGAAUGCAUUUCCUGUAUCUCACAGAAGCACAAAGCUUUUUAUUUUACCUCAAAUCAAACAUAAAUGAACAGGAGUGAAUGAAAUAAACAUGCAUAGGCAAAGAUAGGUGUGUCUAUCCCCAUCUUGAGCCUGGCUGUGAAAAAUGCUUAUCCUUACCAUGUAUGGAAAAGGAUAAUUGUUGGAGGAAUACAAAAAGUGAGCUGUAUGGAGAGGUUGUGCUUUUUUUUUAACAUCUACAAAAAAAGUGUUUUUUAAUUUUAGCAUGCUUGCCCUUUUUCUUUAGUUUGAAGUUACCAAACUAUCACUUUUUCCCAUUUGAUGUGUAUAAGCGAAAUUUUGUUUUGUAUACACUGUCUAUACAAAAUGACAAUAAGGUAUGUCUAAGUCUAAGUUCAGCUCCAAGUAAAAACUUUAAAACAAAAUAUAUCAUUGUAUUAAAUAAUUGCCUGUAUACUAUUCCCAUUAAUAGACGUUUGAAGUGAAAUCUGCAUUAACCUAAUUGAGGAAGAAUAAUUUAUAGAGUAACAUAAAACUACAAAAGCUCAUUUUAAAUAAAUGUAAUUGCUCAAUAUUACUGAAAAAAUACUUAAAGGCGCGCCAUGUAACUUUUGGCCACUAGGGGCACUAGACCUGUACCUGCCCGUAGUUUGCUUCUACUAAACAUAGAAAAGAAUAAGAAAGAUAUAUGACUGUAUACUAGGAGGAAAGUGUUAACUUACCACUCUAAUAAUAAAGUUGAAAAAAAGAGAAUCAGUUUUACAUCCGGCUUCUUCUUUCAGCCUGCGCCAACGAAUAAACUCUUUUCCAA